UGUUGUGGGCCUAGUAGGCCUUGGGUGAUGUUCAUCCCACAAUAUUCGCACUAUUCCGAAAAUGCCCUUCCAUUAGGACCCUGGACUACAAUUUCUUUCACGUCUCUGUUCUACAAUCCUUCGUGGUCACCAUCUGAAAGACUGAAACUAUUAUAUAACCAUUUUAACAACUCCAAAAUUGUAAAAUUCCUGCCUCGUAUUAAUAUUUUCUUGAUCCUAACAGAAAGUGGUGAUUGGCUAAUUUGGCGUCUGGAUUUUUCCCAGCAAUGGCAAAAACUUGCAAGUCGCAAGAAGAAAUCGCGAACGAUGCGAUCAAGAACGCUUUGAAGGCUCUACGGAAGCGGCAUUUGCUCGAAGAAGCCGCUCAUCGCCCCGCUUUUGAAGCUCUCUCAAGACCCAUCGCUUCCCAGGGUUCUGAGUGGAAAGAGAAAGCAGAGAGUCUUCAGUUAGAACUUCAGCAAUGCUACAAAGCUCAGUCUCGGCUGUCCGAGCAGCUUGUUGUCGAAGUAGCCGAGUCUAGAGCUUUGAAAGCUUCGGUCCAGGUGAAAGAAACUGCAAUUGCCGAAAUGCAAAAGGAGUUGACCGAAGUGAGGGAAGAGCGCUCUCAAUUAAAGUCGGACUUGGAACAAAAGAUUAAGGCUCUUGAAUUGGUUAUGAGUGAGAAUUCGGAACUCAAAGCACAACUAGAGCAGAUGACUACCAAAGCCAACAAAGCCGAAGCUGAAAAUAAGAUGUUGAUUGAUCGUUGGAUGUUAGAAAAGAUGAAGGAUGCUGAACGCCUCAAUGAGGCUAAUGCGCUGUAUGAAGACAUGGUUCAGCGGCUAAAAGCCAGUGGUUUAGAACAACUUGCUAGGCAGCAGGUGGAUGGCAUAGUUCGUCGAAGCGAAGAAGGUGCUGAAUUCUUUUUAGAGUCGAAUAUCCCUUCCACAUGUAAAUACAGGCUCAAUGCACAUGAAGGUGGUUGUGCUGCCAUAUUGUUUGAGUAUAAUUCUAGUAGAUUGAUCACUGGGGGACAGGAUAGGUCUGUUAAAGUGUGGGAUACAAAUACAGGAACUGUAAGUUCUAAUCUUCAUGGCUGCCUUGGUUCUGUGUUAGAUCUCACUAUCACCCAUGAUAAUCGAUCUGUCAUUGCUGCAAGCAGCUCAAACAACUUGUAUGUUUGGGAUCUCAAUUCAGGCCGAGUCCGUCAUACCCUUACUGGCCACACCGAAAAAGUUUGUGCUGUUGAUGUUAGCAAGGUUUCAAGUCGUCAUGUUGUCAGUGCGGCUUAUGAUCGUACUAUAAAAGUUUGGGACUUGAUGAAAGGCUACUGCACUAACACAAUCAUUUUCCACAGCAACUGCAAUGCUCUUUCCUUCAGCAUGGAUGGGCAGACCAUAUUUUCUGGACAUGUUGAUGGUAAUCUACGGCUAUGGGACAUUCAGACCGGCAAGCUACUUAGUGAGGUUGCUGCACAUUCACUUGCUGUCACAUCAAUAUCCCUUUCUAGAAAUGGAAAUGUUGUAUUGACCAGUGGAAGGGAUAACUUGCAUAAUUUGUUUGAUGUGCGAUCAUUGGAAGUUUGCGGCACUCUGAGAGCCUCAGGUAACAGAGUGGCUUCUAAUUGGAGUCGCUCCUGUAUUAGCCCAGAUGACAAUCAUGUUGCUGCUGGAUCUGCUGAUGGUUCUGUCUAUAUUUGGUCGAUAUCUAAAGGCGAUAUUGUCAGUACUCUGAAGGAACACAGUUCUUCUGUUCUGUGUUGUAGGUGGAGUGGAAUGGGGAAACCCCUAGCUUCAGCUGACAAGAAUGGAACUGUUUGCGUCUGGACAUGAUGGCCUUUCAUUCACUCCUUGGAAUACACUAGCAGAAUAUGAUCCCAGCCACAAACAAGGAGUAAAAGAAAUGAAGCUUGCAUAUACAUGUAAGGGAUAGUGAUAAAGCUCAACAAGUUUUGAUAUUUUCUGGUUCAAUUCUUUAUUAAACAUUUAUAUGUGCACACGGGUUAUACCAUCAAAAUUGGCAAUGAUGCAUAUAGUAAUGUUUAACAGAAAACAAUUACAACUAAUCUCUCGAUAUGCUAAUUGGAGCUUGAAAUUUGAUUAUAUCACUGUUGUAAUUUGAGAUUGAUGCAAUUUAUCUGAUAUUACACAGCUUUCUUCCUAA